UGGGAGUCUGGCAAGAGCAGGAAAAGCUUCAUUUGUAUAAGCAGGGGAUUGAAGCGUCCCCAUGCUUCUUUUCUAGAGGGACUGUGGUGCUGGGAACAGUCACAGUUCAUUGAAAUUGGUGGCAUUUUAUAGCUUUCUAACUUGGGAACACUUCCACAAGCUCAUUGGAGGAUGUUGUAUGUAAUGACGAGAUGAGCUGUAUCAUUAGCUGAUGCUGGUGAAUUCACAGUUGAGCCUCCCAAGCUUGCUUGCUCCAGCUGACAAACAGUUGAAAGCCAGGCUUGAGCAAGCAGCUGGAGCUGAAGCUCUGCUUCCUCGGCAUGCUUGGCCGGUGUCUGUAGGUCUGAGAAGAGAGACAAGCAAUGGAGGGAGUGGUUGGCAGGUGGGAGCUGUCUGCCAAGGAUGCCCAGCAAGUGUACGGGAGGCUCCUUAGGCCCAGCUGAGUUACUGGGUCCACACUAAGGCAUGGAGUGAAGUUCUUACCAAUUAUUUAAGACAUUGGUAGUAGUUCUGCAGGAGAUCCAUAUGGGUUCUGUAUAAAAACAUGGGGCUUUGGGACAAUGCUGCUCUACGACCUUCAAGUCUUUGAUGUGCCUUGUGAAGCUGGGUGAGGGGCGAUGGAAUGAAAUGCAGCACCUCCCUCCUCACUAACCACAGGACCUGUUUUUAUCAGCAACAGGCAUCGACUUCUCAUGGGACCCAGUUUGAAAAAGGCUAAUUUAAGCUAUUUAAGUUAAAGAAAAAGGAAGAUCUUUUGUUGAAAGGUGCAUCCUAAAAAGUAUGCUUCGUUGACUUGAGCAAACUAAAAAUGUUUCAUGGAAAAGCAUGGCAGGAUCUGACAUAAGGACCCUCAGAAACAAAGAAUGCCUCCAAAUUCCCAUUUCUGAUGGGGACUGGUGGGGUGUAGCUGGGUCAGGCCUGUGUGUGUUUUGGGGAUAAGGCGUAGGGGGUAGGAAGAUGGUGGUGGGCAACUUUCACCCAGGGCAAGAGCUACUGCAGAGAUGGGUCUCAAUGGCGUAAUUCCCUUUGGGCUGGCCUCUCUCUGGUGUGGGUUAGGUGGGUGAGUACCCUAACUGCCAAAACCUGGGGUGUACAAGUUUGAUUUGUUUUCCUGUUUUUCUCUCUUUUUAUAAACUCUUCCGUCUCUCCAUUUUCUUUCUAUCUCCUGUGUGUUUGUUAAAAUGACAUGACAACAGCAUUAAUGACAAGAAUCAGAUAUUGCCUCCCACCUGGUCAUUUCAGUGUGUGUCUCUCUUACAGCCCUUGUCCAUAAGGGGAACCAUUUUCUGUCAUCAUCAUCAUGGCAUGGCCGAGAUGCCACGACAAUUCCCCAAGCUGAACAUCUCUGAGGUGGAUGAGCAAGUCCGGCUUCUGGCUGAGAAAGUGUUUGCUAAAGUGCUCCGAGAAGAGGACAGCAAAGAUGGCUUAUCCCUCUUCACUGUCCCCGAGGACUGCCCCAUCGAGCAGAAGGAGGCCAAGGAGAGGGAGCUGCAGAAGGAGCUGGCGGAGCAGAAGUCUGUGGAGACCGCAAAAAGAAAGAAAAGUUUCAAGAUGAUUCGGUCCCAGUCCUUGUCUCUGCAAAUGCCAACACAGCAAGAUUGGAAGGGUCCCCCAGCCAGUCCGGUCAUGCCUCCCGCAGCCCCUGUGCUCCCUGGAGUCACUUCCCAGCCCACGCCAGCGCCCUAUGCCAUGCCCGAGUUCCAGCGGGUCACCAUCAGUGGAGAUUACUGUGCUGGGAUCACUGUGGAAGACUAUGAGCAGGCAGCCAAGAGCCUGGCCAAGGCCCUGAUGAUCCGGGAGAAGUAUGCCCGGCUCGCCUAUCACCACUUCCCACGGACCACGGCCCAGUACCUGGGUUGUCAGUGGGCAGACACGGCACUUCCGGAAGAGGGGCGCCCAGACUUCCACCCUCCCCCACUGCCCAAAGAAGACCCUUACUGCCUGGAUGAUGCUCCCCCCAACUUGGGCUACCUGGUCCGCAUGCAGGGCGGCAUCCUCUUUGUGUAUGAUAACCAGAAGACGCUGAAGUGCCAGGAGCCCCACAGCUUGCCCUACCCUGACCUGGAGACAUACACGAUGGACAUGAGCCACAUCCUGGCUCUUAUCACUGAUGGUCCCACGAAAACAUAUUGUCACCGGCGACUGAACUUUCUGGAAUCCAAGUUCAGCCUUCAUGAGAUGUUAAAUGAAAUGUCCGAGUUCAAAGAGUUGAAGAGUAACCCCCACCGAGACUUCUAUAAUGUGAGAAAGGUGGACACGCACAUCCACGCGGCUGCCUGCAUGAACCAGAAGCACUUGCUGCGCUUCAUCAAGCACACGUACCAGACGGAGCCCGACAGAAUUGUGACCGAGAAGCAGGGCCGGAAGAUUACCCUGCGGCAGGUGUUCGACAGCCUGCACAUGGACCCCUAUGACCUCACUGUGGACUCGCUGGAUGUCCAUGCGGGCCGGCAGACAUUCCAUCGCUUUGACAAGUUCAACUCCAAGUACAACCCUGUGGGGGCCAGUGAGCUGCGUGACCUGUAUUUGAAAACUGAAAACUACCUGGGAGGAGAGUACUUUGCUCGGAUGGUUAAGGAGGUGGCCCAGGAGCUGGAGGACAGCAAGUACCAGUACUCAGAGCCACGGCUCUCCAUCUACGGCCGCAGCCCUGACGAGUGGCCCAGCCUGGCCCGCUGGUUCAUCCAGCACAAGGUCUACUCACCCAACAUGCGUUGGAUCAUCCAGGUGCCCCGGAUCUAUGACAUAUUUAGGUCAAAGAAGCUACUGCCAAACUUUGGGAAGAUGCUGGAGAACAUCUUUCUGCCCCUUUUUGAGGCCACAAUCAACCCCCAAGAUCACCGAGAGCUUCACCUCUUCCUCAAAUACGUGACAGGGUUUGACAGCGUGGAUGAUGAGUCCAAGCACAGCGAACACAUGUUCUCGGACAAGAGCCCGUGCCCGGACGUCUGGACCAGUGAACAGAACCCGCCCUACAGCUACUACCUGUACUAUAUGUACGCCAACAUCAUGGUGCUCAACAACCUCCGCAGGGAACGAGGCCUGAGCACGUUCCUGUUCCGGCCUCACUGUGGGGAGGCUGGCUCCAUCACCCACCUGGUGUCUGCUUUCCUGACUGCCGACAACAUUUCCCAUGGGCUGCUCCUCAAGAAGAGUCCGGUGUUGCAGUAUCUCUACUACCUUGCUCAGAUCCCCAUUGCCAUGUCUCCUCUUAGCAACAACAGCCUAUUCCUUGAAUAUUCCAAAAACCCUCUGAGGGAAUUCCUGCACAAGGGGCUGCAUGUUUCUCUCUCCACCGAUGACCCCAUGCAAUUCCACUACACGAAGGAAGCACUUAUGGAAGAAUAUGCAAUUGCAGCUCAGGUGUGGAAGCUAAGCACGUGUGACCUGUGUGAGAUCGCCAGGAACAGUGUGCUGCAGAGCGGCCUCUCACAUCAGGAAAAGCAAAAAUUUUUGGGACCAAAUUAUUAUAAAGAAGGACCUGAAGGAAAUGAUAUUCGAAAGACAAAUGUUGCUCAGAUCCGGAUGGCGUUCCGACAUGAGACCUUAUGCAAUGAGCUCAGCUUCCUGUCUGAUGCCAUGAAAUCGGAAGAGAUCACAGCCCUGACCAAGUAGGCCCAGCACUGGACAUGAAUUUUAACUUUUCGGUUUAGUUUCAAGUCUGCUGUGAGUAACAGUGGUCAAAAUACCAAACUGGGCCUUUCCUCCUUGGAGAGGAUGCCUCCGGAGAACUUUCACACUAGUGAUUUUGAUUGCAUUGUUCCAUUUAAGAUCAUACAUGCCCACUUCUGUUACUAUUUCUGAGUAGUAGGUGGUGACUCCUCCUUGGGGAUCUGGGAGCUGGACACUUGUCUAGACUCAUUCUGAAUUUUCCAAGUAUUUCUCUUGAAACCUCUAGUGCUUGCAUUGUUGGGGCCAGGAUCUUCCACGGUCCAGUGCCCACUGAUAGGUCUGUGUGGUUUUCUGCCAUAGACCUUUGUGGGCCUUGCAGGCUAGUGGGUAGUUGUCCAUUUCAGCCUCUGGCUGGCUGGCUGCCUUAAACAAAAUCAAUUUCAAAGCUCCUUUUCAUAAAGGAGCUACUUUGAGAGAAUUAAGAUAGAAAACUUCCUUGUGUUUUUUUUAAAUGAAUUUCUUAAGCUGUUUUAUUUAGCCCUCUAUCAUCCUUUCUAUUUAGGAAGCCAAAUGUGCACAUUGAAACAGUCACUCCUAUUCUGCAUCUUGGUUUCCUCAUCUGAAAAGUGAGGGUUUGGACUAGAUGAGAGGUUUUCAAAUGGUGUUCUGUGAAUCGGGGGAGUGAGGUUCUAGGUGCUGCCUAAUUUACUUCUUCCAAGUGACUCUGCCUUCCUCAGUGUUUCAUUGGGACUUACACAUAUUUUCGUUGGAGCUGAGAACUUUGAAAAGCACAGGACUAGAUGAUCUAUGUUCCUUUGGCUCUAGUAUCUCUGAUUGUAGCCUAGUUAUCAUCAUACUUAUGAAGAAUUAGGGCCAGAGAAGUGAAAUUUACUUAAGGUCACACAGCUAAUAAGUAACAGGAGUAGGUGUCCCUACUCCUGAUUCAGUCUUUCCCCCACCAUUCCACGAGGCCUCACAAAUGUUAGAAUUUUUAUCACUGUACCCUGGUGCAUUUCUUUUUAAAGAUGAAAUUUCUCCCUUACCUAAUACGCAGAGCUUUUUCAGAAGAUGUAGGUGGUCCCACGGGCCAGGUAGAAGUAUUUUUUAAGACCAAUCUGAAUUUAAGCUUUACCCAUGUACUCUUCAUCUGUGUUACUAGUGCCUGGUACCUCAUAGGUACUCAAUAAGUGUAUAUUGGAUAAUUAAAUGAAUUUCUCUUUUGGCGACUUUUUAAGGAUAUGUGCUUCUUGUAUACAACAAGCUGCUCAAGGACUUUCCUGUCUAUUUCUGUGGGCAACUGCCGACUAUGGGAAGUCCUUCUGAAUCAUUAUGGGGUUAGAAGAACCCCAUAAUUUGCCUGUGAAAAUGCUUAUUUGACUUUAGAUUGUCUUGUACUAUGACUUUAUGCUUGCCCCCUCUACUGGUCAACUUUUGUAUAAUUUAUUGUACAAAACAAUACAUGUUUUUUUGUUUGUUUUGUUUUUGUUUUUUUAACCAGGCAAACAUAUAUGCCACCUUACAGCUAAUCAUAAAACUGAAUGAAAACUGAGCAUUCAUCUUUGGUAUUAUUUUCGAAAAGCCCCCAUUUGUAUACAUUUGCCCCAACAUGGCAAGCAUUGUAGUUUUUCAUUGUCAUUUUAUCUGUAUCAAGUAUUUGUUUUUAAUUAUUAAAUAAAGUCUAUUGAGACUGUGGCUCAAUAAUUUAAGACUAUUUCACGUUAAUAAAAUUUAAAGCAAGUAAUUUUUUUUACUUUAAUAAAAGAUUGGACAU